AUGAGCCUCCUGCCGCAGAAUAAGAACUCAAACCAACACCAACCACAAGCUCCAAGCCAUGACCAAAACAUCAUGCCAACUCAUCAUGGUGGACAGGCCACCGAACUUUCCAACACUUCGCCCCCGUGUUCUAUAGUUCCAGUACGUCGCCCAGGUGCAGCUGUGCACCGGUCCAACACGUCGCCCAGGUGCAGCUGUGCACCGGUCCAACACGUCGCCCAGGUGCAGCUGUGCACCGGUCCAACACGUCACCCAGGUGCAGCUGUGCACCGGUCCAACACGUCGCCCAGGUGCAGCUGUGCACCGGUCCAACACGUCGCCCAGGUGCAGCUGUGCACCGGUCCAACACGUCGCCCAGGUGCAGCUGUGCACCGGUCCAUCACGUCACCCAUGUGCAGCUGUGCACCGGUCCAACACGUCGCCCAGGUGCAGCUGUGCACCGGUCCAACACGUCGCCCAGGUGCAGCUGUGCACCGGUCCAACACGUCGCCCAGGUGCAGCUGUGCACCGGUCCAACACGUCGCCCAGGUGCAGCUGUGCACCGGUCCAUCACGUCACCCAGGUGCAGCUGUGCACCGGUCCAACACGUCGCCCAGGUGCAGCUGUGCACCGGUCCAACACGUCGCCCAGGUGCAGCUGUGCACCGGUCCAACACGUCGCCCAGGUGCAGCUGUGCACCGGUCCAACACGUCGCCCAGGUGCAGCUGUGCACCGGUCCAACACGUCACCCAGAUGCAGCUGUGCACCGGUCCAACACGUCACCCAGGUGCAGCUGUGCACCGGUCCAACACGUCACCCAGGUGCAGCUGUGCACCGGUCCAACACGUCACCCAGAUGCAGCUGUGCACCGGUCCAACACGUCACCCAGGUGCAGCUGUGCACCGGUCCAACACGUCGCCCAGGUGCAGCUGUGCACCGGUCCAACACGUCACCCAGGUGCAGCUGUGCACCGGUCCAACACGUCACCCAGGUGCAGCUGUGCACCGGUCCAACACGUCGCCCAGGUGCGUGCACCGGUCCAACACGUCACCCAGGUGCAGCUGUGCACCGGUCCAACACGUCGCCCAGGUGCAGCUGUGCACCGGUCCAUCACGUCACCCAGGUGCAGCUGUGCACCGGUCCAACACGUCGCCCAGGUGCAGCUGUGCACCGGUCCAACACGUCGCCCAGGUGCAGCUGUGCACCGGUCCAUCACGUCACCCAGGUGCAGCUGUGCACCGGUCCAACACGUCGCCCAGGUGCAGCUGUGCACCGGUCCAACACGUCGCCCAGGUGCAGCUGUGCACCGGUCCAACACGUCGCCCAGGUGCAGCUGUGCACCGGUCCAACACGUCGCCCAGGUGCAGCUGUGCACCGGUCCAACACGUCGCCCAGGUGCAGCUGUGCACCGGUCCAACACGUCGCCCAGAUGCAGCUGUGCACCGGUCCAACACGUCACCCAGGUGCAGCUGUGCACCGGUCCAACACGUCACCCAGGUGCAGCUGUGCACCGGUCCAACACGUCACCCAGGUGCAGCUGUGCACCGGUCCAACACGUCGCCCAGGUGCAGCUGUGCACCGGUCCAACACGUCGCCCAGGUGCAGCUGGGUCCAACACGUCGCCCAGGUGCAGCUGUGCACCGGUCCAACACGUCGCCCAGGUGCAGCUGUGCACCGGUCCAACACGUCGCCCAGGUGCAGCUGUGCACCGGUCCAACACGUCACCCAGAUGCAGCUGUGCACCGGUCCAACACGUCACCCAGGUGCAGCUGUGCACCGGUCCAACACGUCACCCAGGUGCAGCUGUGCACCGGUCCAACACGUCACCCAGGUGCAGCUGUGCACCGGUCCAACACGUCACCCAGGUGCAGCUGUGCACCGGUCCAACACGUCGCCCAGGUGCAGCUGUGCACCGGUCCAACACGUCGCCCAGGUGCAGCUGUGCACCGGUCCAACACGUCGCCCAGGUGCAGCUGUGCACCGGUCCAACACGUCGCCCAGGUGCAGCUGUGCACCGGUCCAACACGUCGCCCAGGUGCAGCUGUGCACCGGUCCAACACGUCACCCAGAUGCAGCUGUGCACCGGUCCAACACGUCACCCAGGUGCAGCUGUGCACCGGUCCAACACGUCACCCAGGUGCAGCUGUGCACCGGUCCAACACGUCACCCAGGUGCAGCUGUGCACCGGUCCAACACGUCACCCAGAUGCAGCUGUGCACCGGUCCAACACGUCACCCAGGUGCAGCUGUGCACCGGUCCAACACGUCGCCCAGGUGCAGCUGUGCACCGGUCCAACACGUCACCCAGGUGCAGCUGUGCACCGGUCCAACACGUCACCCAGGUGCAGCUGUGCACCGGUCCAACACGUCGCCCAGGUGCAGCUGUGCACCGGUCCAACACGUCACCCAGGUGCAGCUGUGCACCGGUCCAACACGUCACCCAGGUGCAACUGUGCACCGGUCCAACACGUCGCCCAGGUGCAACUGUGCACCGGUCCAACACGUCGCCCAGGUGCAACUGUGCACCGGUCCAACACGUCGCCCAGGUGCAACUGUGCACCGGUCCAACACGUCACCCAGGUGCAGCUGUGCACCGGUCCAACACGUCGCCCAGGUGCAGCUGUGCACCGGUCCAACACGUCGCCCAGGUGCAGCUGUGCACCGGUCCAACACGUCACCCAGGUGCAGCUGUGCACCGGUCCAACACUCUAGGAACACCGCUGUGUUGCAAGAGUGA